AUGUCGAUCGACCGUCUCCUAACAACAGUACUCCAGCAGUACCAAGACAUCCACGACGAUGCGCGCACCGAGCAGCUCUUCGGGUCGACGGCGGUGCUCCUCACCAACCUAGCCAACCCGCUCAACCUGUCCCUCCUAACCUCGCAGCUGCUCAUCGCCCCUGCGAUCUGGGGCCGCCGCGAUGGCAUGCGCACGUGCUACCGCAUCAUCAGCAUCUUCAACACGGCGGCCAUCCACGUCCGUCGCAACGAGCUUGAGAAUGCGCAGAAUAAGGCGAAACUACAACAACAAAAGGGGAACUUGGGGAAUGUACCGCAGCAGCAGCAGCAGCAGCAGCAGCAGCGCGCAGGCAGUGGGUUGUCAGCCAAUGCCUGGACAGCGGCCGUGUUGAAGGGCGCAGACGACCAGUCAGGCCGCUGGCAGCAUCUGCUGGUGUUCAGCGGCGUGUUGAUGGGCAUGGAGGGGAACCAGCGGCAGUCGCUGAGCCGCGGGAUGCGGGAUACCGUCGAGCGCGCCGUGGUUACAGCGACCAACCUAGCCGUCCGCAGCCGCGAUCCGGAACCCCCCGCUCCCUCGGGCCCCGUGGCGCUAGCGCUCAACUACGCGUUCCCGCUGCUGUCGGAUGCGACGCGCCACGGGCUGGACGGCGAUGCGCUCGUGCCUGUGGCCACGCGGGCAAUGUUGGGUGGGGAUGGGUUGCAGGAUGGUUUGUUUUUGGCGGGGAUUGAUCAGGAUGUGCGGCAGGCUGAGCAAAGAUUCAUGUGGGAGGAGGUUUCCCCGUCGUAUCUGCACUUGCGUCAGCUCGAGCAGCGGCCGCUGGUGGCUGGUCUGGGUCCGCUGUCGACGCUGCUGGCUUUUGCGGUGUCGCACGCGCGGGAUGCGGGUGUGGUGCACCAGCUGCAGGAUGACCUCGUGGCGUUCACGGGGAGGUUGUUGCAGCACUGGCAGGCGAGCAAGCUGUCGGAGCUGGAUAUCUCAGAAGAGAAGCUGUUCUUGACCCCCGAGACGCUCGACACGACGUGGCAGGGGCUGUGGAACUUUCUGAAAAAGGUCAUGUACGCCGUGGUCGCGGUGUUGCACGCCGUUGUCGCCCGCAGUCUGCUUGACGGCCGGUUGAUGCACCACACCGUGGCCCCCAGCGUGGCGUCCCAGACCCUCCACGCCCUGCGCAACCUUUAUUUUGUUUCAUCCCGCAACGGCAGCGACGCCUUCCAGAUCUACGCCUUCACCUACCUCACCUCGCUCGACAUCCUCACCCGCCACGGCCCGGCAGCCGCCGCCUUUCUCCGGUCCAUCCUCCCGUCUUCUUCCCCUUCUUUUGCGCCCUCUUCUUCUUCUGGUUCUCUUCCUCAGGGGACCACAACCAUCCCCCUCCACCCCCUCCACCGCACCCUCGACCUCUUCUACCUCAACACCGCCGAACACCUCCCACUCCACCUCCCCACCCCCGACUGCGACGCCCUCAUCAUCCAGCCCGCAACAGCCUACCUCCACCCGCCCUCCCCCAUCAUCCCCCUCUCCGCAACCAUGACCCAGCUCUUCGAAGCCGCCCACAGCGCGGUCCUCUCCGUUCUCUCCUGUCCCCACAACGCGCCCCUCACAGCCCCUUUAGUCCCCUUCUACGCCGACGCGCUGUUUGCUGCGUUCCCCGCGCAUAUUUCGCCGAGGCAGUUCCGGUUGGCGUUUAAGACGCUCGUGCAGAUUCUGAGUCCGCCGUUUGCGAGGGAGUGGGAACAGGCCGGGUUGGCGGAUGUUUUGUUGGAGAUGGUACGGUUUAGGGUUGCUGGGGCUGGGUCGGUUCCUCUUCACCUCUCUCCCUCUUCCCCCUCCUCACCACCACCACCAGCCUCCGGACCAGCAGCGGAAGAAGGAGAAGACCUAACAGAACAAUCCUCCCUCGUCCUCGCGUUAAUCGACACUCUCCCCUUUUUGCGGGCCGACAUGUUCGAGGAAUGGAUGGGUUUGACAGCCGCUGCUAUCUCGGAUAUCGUCGGGGAACGGUACCGAGAGGGUGUGAGGAGACGGUUCUGGGAGGUGUUGGUUAGUGGGGAGAUGGAUGUGGAACGGGCUGCUGUUGCUUUGGGGUGGUGGGGGACGAGGGGGGGAAGGGAGGCUGUUCUUUUUGGGGGGGGUGUUCCUGGGUCUGGGUUUGUGAGAGGAGGGGGAGAUAAAGGAGGGGAGUUUAUGAUGAGUGGUGCUUUGGUCGAGGAGGGAGGGAGGGAAAGUAAGCUGUGA